GACACUUGCAUCCCUUAUCGUAGUACCGAAAUUCGUAUAUAAGGCCAAUGGUUUGGCAAAAUUAGUACAGUGGUUAGCUGGAAUCCAGAAUUACCACAAUUCAACAUGAAAUUCGCCGUAAUUGCUUUGGUGUGCUUCGCCAGCACCUUUGUGGCAGCCGACGAAGAGUUCCUUGACUGGGGAAGAAUUACCCCUCGUCAUGUGACCGUCGAGCCAAUUGGACCUCCGGAACCGGUCGUUCCCGACAGUAGGAUCGUAAAUGGACAAGUCGCCGCCCGCCACCAGUUUCCUUAUCAAGUAGCCCUCAUCAUAAACAACGGCGGAUUUUGCGGUGGAUCCAUUAUCAGUCAAACCUGCGUCUUGACCGCCGCUCACUGUAUCGACGGAACAAUCUCCUCAAUCCAAGUGAUCGCCGGUGCUCAUCAACCGAUGGUAAACGAGGCCUCCCAAGUGAGACUCGCCGCCUCCGGUCGUUCCCUUCACGCCGGCUGGAACAGUCGCACCAUGCAAAACGACAUCGCCAUCGUCAGGGUGAACAACAUUCCGUUGAGGGCGGGUACCAUCAGCAUCGUCAACUUGGCCCCCGCCAAUUCCGGAACGUUCGCCGGCAGUACCGCCACCCUUUCCGGUUGGGGCAGGACCAGUGACGCGAGCAACGCGAUCGCCAACCAACUGAUGACCGUUCAACUGCCGAUUUUGACCAACGCCGUGUGCCAACAAUCGUUCGGCUCGAUGAUCGUCGCCCAACACAUCUGUACCUCAGGACAAAAUGGCCGUGGGGCUUGCAACGGUGACUCCGGCGGUCCCAUUGUCGUUAACGGACUACAAGUCGGCAUCGUUUCCUUCGGAAACAGGGUCUGCUCCGCCGGAUUCCCCACUGUUUACGCUAGAGUAUCGCACUUCAUGCCCUGGAUCCAGAGUAACUGUUAAUUUUUUUUUUAGUUUUGACUUAUUGGCUGAAAUGAUAUAAUGUAUUCUAAUAAUAAACUGUAAUUUAAGAGCAA